AUGGCUAGUCCUCCUGUUCUAGCUUUCGACGCCGAGGGCCGUCCGGUCAAAUUCGAAACCUGGCUAGAUGACCUGCACCUUUUCCUACAGCUCACUGCCAAGGAAGAUAUUACACUGUACGACCACGCUCUCGGCCAUGCGACCGCCCCACUCGCUACUGCCCCCCCAGCUGAGCGCUCACAGUGGCAGACCCGUGACGCGCACGCUCGCUUUGCUAUUCGCAACUCCCUGCCGCUAGAUGAGCGCGAGCACUUCGGCCAGUGCAAGACUGCUAAGGACCUCUACACAGCUGUAGUGGCCCGCUACUCCUCACCCGCUUCUGCCACACUAGGCCGCCUCACUCUCCCCUACCUGUUCCCCGACCUAGCCUCUUUUCACACUGUCGCAGACCUCAUCACCCACCUUAAGACUAGUGAGGCUCGCUUUCGCGCUGCCAUGCCUGAUGAGUUCCUCGCUAGCAACCCCCCCCCGCUCUGGAUCACUCUCUACCACGUUGUCACCCGCCUCCCUGACUCUCUGCGCCCUGUCAGGGACCAGUUCCUCUCUCGCUCCCCCACUGAGCUCACCAUAGCCCUCCUCGAGAAGGAACUGCUUGCAGCCGAGGCUAGUAUCGUCGCUGUAGGCACCUCUCGUGGCGACCCCCGCGGCCCCUUCUUCGAGGGGUGCUCCCCUUCCCCCCUCCUCCCCUCUGUCGCCUCUGCUGCUGCUGUCGACCUCCUUGGUGCUGAGAAGGUCGGGGCUGCGUCUGCUUCAGGCGGACGACGCAGGGGCAGGAGUGGCAGGAGUGGGGGUGGUGGCGGAGGAGGCGGGGGUGGAGGUGGUGGCGGUGGAGGUGCGACUGGAGAGGCUAGUGGCGGCGGUGGUGGAGGUGACAGCGGUGUUGGGAGUGGUGACAGGGGCGGAGGUGGCAGCGGAGGCGGAGGUGGUCGUGGCAGCGGCAGGGGUGGAGGUGGCCGGGGCGGAGGCGGAGGGGGUGGUGGUCGUGGAGGCCCGGGGGGCGGUCAGAGUCAGCAGCCUGCCCCGACCCUUCAGGCCGCCCGUGAGUGGUAUGCGCGGCGCAGCGUCACCUGUCAGUACGUUAUUCGUACAGGUGACCGCACUGGCCAGACGUGUGGGGGGCCGCACCAGACGGAGCGCUGCUUCGCCCGCCUCAACGAUGCGUGGCGCACUCAGUUUCCUGGUGGGGGUGAGCUGCCGCGCUGGGCUGAUCUGCUCAGGAAGGGUGUUGAUAUUUGGGCACUUGACUUUGAUGCUAUUCUCACUGCCAUGUAUGCGAUGUCUAUUAGUGGAGAGGGUGCUCAGUACUUGCGUGUUCCGCCCGACCCGGGCAUUCAGGCCAGCCCCGCUGCUGCUCUAGGUGCUAGUGUGUCUGCUUCCGCAGGUACUUCUGCAGCUGCUGCUCUAGGUGCUUGUGCGUCUGUGCCCCCUGGUACUGAGUCGACUGCAGCACUGCACACCUUCACACUGGACUCAGGUGCUUCUCGCUCUUUCUUUCGUGACCGCACUGUCCUUGAGCCUCUAGCUCGGCCGGUUGCUGUCUCUCUUGCUGACCCCUCUGGGGGUCCGGUCCUUGCGACCUCCUCCACCACCCUUCCGUGUCCAGCGGUUCCGUCCGGCACGCUCUCAGGUCUCUACCUCCCCUCGUUCUCCACGAACUUGGUGGCAGGUAGUGCGCUCCAGGACUCGGGUGUUCACCAGUUCACCCCUGCCUACGAGCGUGUGACUCACUGCACGUGUGCUCGGACGGGCCGCCACCUAGCUACUUUCACUCGAGAGCCGGGGUCUGACCUGUACACACUGACCACUGAGUCCCCUCAGGUAGCUGCGUCUGCGUCAGCGUCAGGUCAGCUGUCCGCCCCCUGCUCGUGUCGCUCUCUGGCGAACGACACCGUCCUCUGGCACCACCGCCUUGGUCACCCGUCUGUGCAGCGCCUGCGGGCCAUGCACAAACGGGACCUUGUUGCUGGUCUUCCCAGGGUGCUCCCUCCCCUUCCUGACUCCCCUGCUCCUGACUGCAUUCCCUGUGUCGAGGGGCGGCAGCGCGCCGCUCCUCACUCCUCCUCCUUUCCCCCGACGACCGCUCCCCUGCAGACGCUCCACAUGGACGUGUGGGGCCCGGCCCGCGUCCGUGGUCAGGGUCAGGAGAGGUACUUCCUGAUAGUUGUUGACGACUACUCGCGCUACACCACGGUCUUCCCCUUGCGCGCCAAGGGUGACGUCCCUGGUGUUUUGAUCCCCUGGAUCAGCCGAGCCCGUCUCCAGCUAGGCGAGCGCUUUCACUCGGACUUUCCUGUCCUGCGCUUGCACUCUGACAGGGGUGGUGAGUUCGCCUCCGACCUCUUGGCAGCCUACUGUGCUGAGCACGGCAUUGAGCAGUCGUACACGCUUCCGGCCUCUCCACAGCAGAAUGGGGUUGCUGAGCGCCGCAUUGGCUUAGUCAUGGAGGUCGCUCGUACCUCCCUGACCCAUGCGGCUGCUCCCCACUUUCUGUGGCCGUUUGCGGUCCGGUACGCAGCGCAUCAGCUCAACCUCUGGCCCCGUGUCUCCUUGCCGGAGACUUCCCCGACUCUACGGUGGACGGGAGAGGUUGGCGAUGCGUCGCGUUUCCGGGUCUGGGGAUCUCGAGCUUUUGUCCGCGACACGUCCGCGGACAAGCUCUCGCGUCGCACUGUUCCCUGUGUCUUUCUUGGCUUUGUUCCCGACGCGCCUGGAUGGCAGUUUUACCACGUCACCUCGCGCCGGGUUCUGGCCUCUCAGGACGUCACUUUUGACGAGUCCGUCCCCUUCUACCGCCUCUUCCCCUACCGCACUGCCCCGCUCCCCCCCCCACCUCUCUUCCUCGCUCCAGGUGCUGAGGUACCAGACCCCCUCCCCCCUCAGGGUGCCGCUCCCUCAGGUGUGUCCCAGGUAGACCCGGGUGAGCCUGUCGAGGUAGCUGUUGACUCGCGUCCUGCGUCUGGGGGUGCUGAGCCUGGGAGUGCUGCGUUUGAGGGUGCGGAGCCUGGGGGUGCUGAGCCUGGAGGUGCGGAGCCUGGGGGUGCUGAGCCUGGAGGUGCGGAGCCUGGAGGUGCGGAGCCUGGAGGUACUGAGCCUGGAGGUGUGGAGCCUGGGGGUGCUGAGCCUGGAGGUUCGGAGCCUGGGGGUGCUGAGCCUGGAGGUGCGGAGCCUGGAGGUGCGGAGCCUGGAGGUACUGAGCCUGGAGGUGUGGAGCCUGGGGGUGCUGAGCCUGGAGGUGCGGAGCCUGGAGGUGCGGAGCCUGGAGGUGCUGAGUCUGGACGUGCUGAGUCUGGGGGUGCUGAGUCUGGGGGUGCUGAGCCUGAGCGUGCUCCACCUGGAGGAGACCCCUCCUCCCAGCAGCUGCAGGAGAGGUACCUCGAGUACUGCCGCCUCCGGAGAGGUGCUUCUGGAGCUCGUCCCGGUACUUCCCCUCCUACCCAGGAGCUCCCCCCCAUUCAGGUGAUCCGCGAGUGGUACACGCGGCGCUGCAGUCUUCGUAGUGGUGCUCCUGGUACUGCGGACCCGAGCGGUGGUGCUGUUGCUGGUGCUGAGGACCCGGACGCUGGAGCUGCUGCUGGUGCUGAGGACCCGGGGGCUGGAGCUGCUGCUGGUGCUGAGGACCCGGGCGUUGGAGCUGCUGCUGGUGCUGAGGACCCGACCGGUGGCGCUGCUGCUGGUGCUGAGGACCUGACCAGUGGCCCUGCUGCUGGUGUUGAGGACCCGGGCGUUGGAGCUGCUGCUGGUGCUGAGGACCCGACCGGUGGUGCUGCUGCUGGUGCUGAGGACUCGGGCGUUGGAGCUGCUGCUGUCUGA